UGCAAAACAGAAAAGCAACCCGGAAAACAAUAAAAAAGAGAAGAAGUAAGAGCAGGGAGAAAGACACAAUAAGAAUUUAAAGAAACCAGAAAAAAAAAAAAAAUGGCCAGUCAAAUAAAUUCGAGGUCUUUCUCAAUGCUCUUUCUAACCAUUUCCCUUAUCCUAGUCGGGUCGAAGACCGGGACUGCUCAACCCGGAAUCAGCCCGUUUUGCCAAACCGCAGACAACAAGCAAUUGUGCACCAGAGUCGUGAAUGGCGCAACCAACCAGCACGACGCGGCGGUGAACGCCGUCACGGAAGCCCUGACAGUGGCCAAGCAGAUCCAGGAGCUCACGCCGGAGGUGGUGCAAUCCACCGUCGGGUUGGACCCGAACACGAAAACCGAGCUGGUUCAGGACUGCACCGAGAGUUUCGCCAACACCAUCGACGACCUCAACCUCGCCGUUGAGUCGCUAAACAAGGGCGAUCUUGGCAGCGCCGGGACCCGGUUGAGCGCCUCCUACGACAGCGCUUGCGCCGAGUCGUUGAAAGAAAGGGGUAUCCACAUUUUCAGCAUGGAUAAGCUUAACGAUAACUUUGGGAAACUCAUGGAUACCGCCAUGGCCGUUCUCUUCAACAAUUGAUGACAAAACAGCAAACAUAUAUACAUUAUGAUUAAAAGGCGUGGUGCCUAGAAACCACGCUUUUUUUUUUCAUUAUGAAAUUUUUUAAGGUGGCAGAUAAUUAUAUGUCUUUUUUUUUCUAAUUCUUUUUUUUAUAUAUAUAUAUUUUGGUUAAUUGUACGAUUGGAUGCUGGUUUGUUCAUAUUUUUUGGAAUGUUCAAGAAGAGCUCUUUGGUUUUUGGUUUUUAUUACAUCCUACUACUGUUUGAGUAGUUUUUUUUUAUUACUUAUACUUUAGACUUUUAAAC